AUGGCCGAGAAAUUCGACCCAGAUAUCGACAAGACCCCACGGCCUGUCGACAAUGAUGGAUCGACGCACCUACCUCAUUACGAUAAUGCCGUCGUUGAAGAGGAAAAAACAUAUGCCUACGAUGACUCUAGGAAGCUUGGGAUUACCGGAUCCGUCUUCCUCAUCUUGAAUAAGAUGAUCGGCACCGGCAUUUUCUCUACACCCUCUGGAAUCUUCGCGGCGACUGGAUCGGUCGGCGUGUGCUUGUUUUUAUGGGUAAUAGGCGGCAUUCUUACUUUCGCUGGCCUGUCCGUCUUCCUGGAAUUUGGCCUUGCUAUCCCUCGCUCGGGAGGCGAGAAGAACUACCUAGAACGCGUAUACCGCCACCCAAAGUAUGUCGCUACGUGCAUGUUAGCUGCGCAGAUGCUGCUUCUGGGAUUCUCCUCGGGCAACAGCCUGGCUUUCGGGCGCUACGUACUCUACGCCUCUGGUUCCACCGCGCCUGAUGGAUGGGCUGCGCGCGGCAUCGCGAUAGCAUGCAUUACGUUCGCCGUAGUGCUCCACUCCACAUUGCCGAAAUGGGGUAUCCGGCUCUUCAACGUUCUCGGAGUCUUCAAAGUCGUCAUCCUGGUCUUCAUUGUAUUCUCCGGCUUCGCUGCUCUUGCUGGGCAUCUCAAAGUCCCUGAACCUCAUAACUUCGACAACGCGUUUAGGCUUGAGGAGGGCGAUGGCUAUGGCGGCGGAGGCGCUUACGCAUACUCGACCGCGCUUCUGCGCAUCGUUUACUCAUACAAAGGCUGGGAGAACGCGAACUACGUUCUAGGCGAGAUCAAAAACCCCAAGAAGACACUCGCAAUCGCGGCGCCUCUUGCCGUUGGCGGUGUCACUAUCCUCUAUGUCCUUGCUAAUGUCGCUUAUUUUGCUGCGAUUCCGAAGUCGGAGCUCGCGAAGAGCGAGGUCAUCGUCGCAGGCCUCUUCUUCAAGAAUGUAUUCGGUGAUAACGCGGGUGCGAGGAGCUUGCCCGCUUUCGUAGCGCUGAGUAACUUGGGAAAUGUGCUCGCAGUAAGCUUUGCGCAUGCAAGGUUGAACCAGGAAUUCGCAAAAGAAGGACUGCUACCCUGGAGUCGGUUUUGGGCGAGUAAUAAGCCCUUCAAUGCUCCUGCUACCGCGCUCUUCCUUCACUGGCUCAUUACUGUCGUCGUCCUCGUUGCGCCGCCUGCCGGUCCAGCCUACAACUUCAUCGUUGAUCUGUACACCUACCCGGGCGCAUGGAUCAAUGGCUUCGUCGUCGCCGGCCUCAUCUACCUGCACUACUCGAAACGUGAGCGUUGGGCCUCGCCGUGGCACACGUAUCUUCCCAUCUCCGUGCUGUACCUGCUAGCCAACAUAUUUCUCGCGAUCGUACCAUUCAUUCCUCCAGACGGCGACUGGAACGCGGAAGGAUACCCGUACUACGUAUUUCCGGUUGUCGGAGUUGGCGUCUUAUUGCUGGGUAUAGUUUACUGGGUCUGCUGGACGAAAAUUUGGCCGAAGAUAGGCGGGUACAAAAUUGAGACCGAGAGACAUGAAGAUGAGCAGGGAGCGGAGCAUAUCCGAUAUGUGAAGGUAUACACAAAGUAUGAAUAG